AUGCACCACAGUGGAAAGGUGUUUUCCACCCAGGAAGAGCCACAGCUGGUGAAAGGCACCCCUGUCUUAUACCAGUGGCUAGAAGCAGAUCGCCUUGGCAAGAGCUCAGAUACUGCAGACAGAAAAUCAGGUGAAAAUUUUGACCAGAGUCCCUUAAGAAGAACAUUCAAGUCCAAGGUCUUAGCACACUACCCCCAGAACAUAGAAUGGAACCCCUUCGAUCAAGAUGCAGUCAACAUGUUAUGUAUGCCCAAAGGGCUGUCCUUCAGGACUCAAACAGAUAACAGAGAUCCCCAGUUCCACUCGUUCAUUAUCACCAGGGAAGAUGGUUCUCGUACUUACGGAUUUGUGCUCACCUUCUUUGAGGAAGUCACAAGCAAGCAAAUUUGCACAGCCAUGCAGACGCUCUAUCAGAUGCACAACGCAGAGCAAUGCAGCAGCGUCUGUGCCUCCUCGUCAUGUAGCAUGGACUCACUGGCGAGCAGCCUCGAUGAAGGCGACUCCACGUCGCUAGCGAAGAUGCAGCGCUACAACUCGUAUGACAUCAACAGGGACACCCUGUAUGUCUCCAAGUCUAUUUGCCUCAUUGCCCCCCUGCCUUUCAUGCAAGCCUGCAAGAAAUUCCUCAUCCAGCUUUACAAGGCGGUCACUUCUCAGCAGCCCCCACCUUUACCCCUGGAGAGCUACAUCCAUAACAUUCUUUAUGAAGUGCCCCUUCCACCCCCUGGACGGUCACUAAAAUUCUACGGGGUCUACGAGCCUAUAGUUUGCCAGAGACCUGGGCCAAAUGAACUCCCAUUGUUCGACUACCCUCUCCGGGAGGCUUUCGAACUCCUGGGCUUGGAGAACCUUAUCCAGGUUUUUACUUGUGUUCUCCUAGAAAUGCAGAUCCUUCUUUAUUCUCAAGACUACCAGCGUCUGAUGACAGUUGCAGAAGGAAUCACCACGCUGCUGUUCCCAUUUCAGUGGCAACACGUGUAUGUUCCCAUCUUGCCUGCCUCUCUCCUGCAUUUCCUUGAUGCUCCUGUACCUUACUUGAUGGGUCUGCAGUCCAAGGAAGGAACAGAUCGUUCCAAACUGGAACUUCCCCAAGAGGCUAACCUCUGUUUUGUGGAUAUCGAUAACCAUUUCAUCGAGUUACCAGAGGAACUUCCUCAGUUUCCCAACAAGCUGGAUUUUAUCCAGGAGCUCUCCGAAGUUCUCCUUCAGUUUGGGGUCCCCCUGGAGGCCGCCCUCCAUUCUAGCGAGAGUGCCACUAAGCUGAAGAACCUGGUCCUUAAUGAGCUCGCCAAUGAUAAGAAGAAUGGGAACAUCCCCAGCAAUACCAUCAACAUGUACGAGCUGCUGAAAGGCAACGAAACCAUCGCCCGCCUCCAGGCUUUGGCAAAGAGGACAGGAGUGGCAGUAGAUAAAAUGAGCAUUACCCUUCCUCUGAUGGAAAAGGAAAGAGAUGUGAAGCUUCAGUGCGAAGAAGGGGAGCUGAGGGACUAUAAACUGAAUGUGCAGCUUCGGGAGGUCUUUGCCAGCCGCUUCACGCAGAUGUUUUCUGAUUACGAGGCUUUCGUCAUUCAAGCUGCACAGGACAGGGAAUCAUGGCUGACAAACAGGGAACAGAUGCAAAAUUUUGACAAAGCUUCCUUCCUUUCCGACCAAUCUGAGCCUUACCUUCCAUUCCUCUCUCACUUCAUUGAAACCCAAAUGUUCGCAACAUUUAUCGACAAUAAAAUUAUGUCUCAGUGGGAAGAGAAGGAUCCCUUUCUACGAGUGUUCGAUUCGCGGAUUGAUAAGAUGAGGCUGUAUAAUGUCAGGGCUCCUGCCUUAAGAACAUCUACAUAUCAGAAGUGCACCACUUUAAAAGAAGCAGCUCAGGCCAUUGAACAGCGGCUGACGAAGAUCGAUCACACGGCAAUACAUCCGCACUUGCUCGAUAUGAAAAUAGGUCAAGGCAAAUAUGAACAAGGCUUCUUCCCGAAGCUUCAGUCAGAUGUGUUAGCAACUGGGCCUACUAAUAACAAUCGGUGGGUUAGUCGAAGUGCCACCGCACAGCGCAGGAAAGAUCGCCUUCGCCAGCAUUCAGAGCAUAUUGGUUUGGACAACGAGUUAAGAGAGAAGUACAUGCAAGAAGCAAGGACCUUGGGGAAAAAUUUGAGGCAGCCCAAACUCUCAGAUCUUUCUCCAGCAGUAAUUGCUCAGACAAACUGGAAAUUUGUAGAGGGCUUGCUCAAAGAAUGUCGAAUGAAGACGAAGCGUAUGCUGGUAGAAAAGAUGGGUCAUGAGGCAGUGGAGCUUGGGCACGGAGAGGCCAACAUAACAGGUUUGGAAGAGAAUACGCUGAUCGCAAGCCUUUGCGACUUGCUGGAAAGAAUCUGGAGCCACGGACUACUGGUUAAACAGGGAAAAUCUGCAUUGUGGUCUCAUUUAAUUCAGUACCAGGAAAGAGAAGAGAAGCAGGAGCAUCUUGCAGAGUCCCCUGUUGCCAUUGGGCCAGAAAGAAGGAAGUCUGACACAGGGCUUAUGUUACCUACUCUGAGAGUCUCGCUUAUCAGUGAUAUGAGGCACAUUCAGAACAUGAGUGAAAUAAAGACUGACGUGGGUCGUGCCCGGGCCUGGAUAAGGUUGUCCUUGGAAAAGAAACUUCUCUCCCAGCAUCUUAAGCAGCUUCUUUCCAAUCAAGCUCUGUCGAAGAAACUGUACAAGCGUUACGCCUUCCUGCGUUGUGAAGAAGAGCGGGAGCAGUUCCUCUAUCACCUUCUUUCGCUCAAUGCUGUGAACUACUUCUGCUUCACAAGUGUCUUCACCACCAUCGUAAUUCCAUAUAGGACGGUGAUCAUCCCCAUUAAGAAGCUAAGCAAUGCAAUCACCACCUCGAACCCAUGGAUUUGUGUUUCGGGAGAACUGGGCGAUACUGGAAUAAUGCAGAUUCCGAAAAAUCUUCUAGAAAUGACAUUUGAGUGUCAGAACUUGGGGAAAUUAACCACUGUUCAGUUAGGCCAUGACAACUCAGGGCUGUUAGCCAAAUGGCUGGUGGAUUGCGUCAUGGUCAGGAAUGAGAUCACGGGACAUACUUACAAGUUCCCGUGUGGGAGGUGGCUGGGGAAGGGAGUGGAUGACGGCAGCCUGGAGAGGAUCCUGAUAGGAGAGCUGGUUUCGUCAACCUCCGAGGAAGAUCUCGGGAAGCAGUGCCGAACCCCGCCGCAGCAGAAAUCCCCAACUACGGCUCGGCGGCUGAGCAUCACUACCCUCACAGGGAAAAAUACAAAACCCAAUGCGGGACAGAUCCAAGAGGGAAUCGGGGAAGCUGUGAACAAUAUCGUGAAACACUUUCACAAGCCAGAGAAAGAGAGGGGAAGUCUCACUGUUCUGUUGUGCGGAGAAAAUGGCCUGGUUGUGGCACUGGAGCAGGUCUUCCACCAUGGUUUCAAGUCCGCUCGUAUAUUCCAUAAAAACGUCUUCAUCUGGGACUUCAUAGAGAAAGCCGUUGCCUACUUUGAGACAACAGACCAGGUUGGAGACAGCGAAGAAGAUGUGCUUCUCCAGAAAUCCUCCUACACAACAUUCUGCCGCUAUGUCAACGCCAUCAAUACAGCUCCACGCAGCAUAGGGAAGGACGGCAAGUUCCAGAUUCUAGUUUGCCUUGGAACUCG